GUUUUUGGAGGGCGCGAACCACGUUUUCACGUCGUGUCGAUUUGACUUCGAGUCGAUCGCGCGUUUUUCUGCGUGUUUACAUCGUGCGAGCAUGCGAAAUGGCACCUAAGAAGUGGCGCUUAAAAGCGAUCCAGGGACGAAAGUGUGUACCGGUCGUUUCUUUCUCUCACGGCUCGCUGAACGCCUCGACGCGACUUCCCACGAAAGUCUACGAACACGACGUGAUAACCGGGGGUCGCACCAAGACCCGCCGUGUCCUAACUUGCGAGGCCGAAGGCUUGGAGUACGUCGGGGAGAACUUCGGCGAGCAUGGACUUCGAGCCAACGCGCAGUGCAACCACUUCGUGGCCGUCGAAAACGUCAGCACGGGCGCCGUUUCGCUCUACCCUGCAGACCUGAUCUCCAUGCGACCCUACUUCGCCAAACGUGCCUCCGAGGCGGCUGCUGGAGACACCAAGACCUUCCGCGAAAAGGUCGACGCCCUGGCGACGGCGUUCGGUAGCAAGCGCAAGAGGAAAGCCGUCGAGACGCGUCUCCGACUGAACGUCGAAGAGGACACCCUCCACGAGACGACCGCAAGCACGCUGGCAGCCGUCAAGGACAGUCUGGCGGCCCUCGACGCGACGGUCGACAAGUCCUCUCCGGCGGGCGUCGUCGUCGACUCCAUACCGCCCCAGAACCGCGAGGCGACCAUACCGCAGGACGUGUACCGCAUCGAAGACCUCAUCCCCUCCGAACACGUCGAUUACCUCGACGAAGUCGCCGAACCCUUGCUGAACGCGACGCCCGAACAGAUCUCCCAGUGGAAGUCGGAGGCCUCCUACCCGGAGUACGUCAUAGACCGGGUCUCCCGCCUCUCCAGAGACCCCGAGAACAGGGUCAUCGAGGCGAGACUUCUCGCCUUCUACACCAUGCUGGUCUUGAUCUCUCGCUUGAGGUACACCGACGUCAAGAAGAAGGACCCGUUGCCGGACAUAGCGCAGCCACUCAAGGGUGUCCUCCUGGACACCUUCACGCUGACGUCACGAAGCGAAAGGGGCGUUACGUCACGAAACUUCCCGCAGAGGAUGAAGGACAAGGUCCUAGCCUACAUCCUGGUCAUCGUGCUCAUACUGGAGGACUAUAAGUUCGACUUCAAGACGGUCCAGCUAGACACCAAGGCGUCGGACAGGAUACUGACGACGCUGGCGUACGCCCUCGGGUGUCACGUGGGAACACGAAAGACUCCCGGCUCGCGGGUCGGCAGCAAGUUCAUGGAACUGAAGCUGCCCCUGGUGGACCCCAGCCAGCAGCAGCGAGCCAAGAAGGGCAGGAUGUGAAGCGUGUUUUGUUUUUUAUUGUUGUUGCAUAAAGGAGCAUUGUACAGUCAUGU